CCGCUCUCUUUCUACCACUCCACCUGAUCAUUUUUGCUUUCUUUCUUUCUUUCUUUCUUUCUUUUCCCAAUUUGCUUGCUCGAAAAUCAAGCGUCAAACAAAACAUCAUCAAUCAAUCAAUCAUGGAUGAAGAGUACGAUGUGAUAGUUCUAGGUACUGGUCUUAAGGAAUGCAUCCUCAGCGGCCUUCUCUCAGUUAAUGGGCUAAAGGUUCUGCACAUGGAUCGCAAUGAUUAUUAUGGGGGUGCUUCCACUUCUCUUAACCUUAACCAGCUAUGGAAGCGAUUCAGAGAAAACGAUAAGCCUCCAGAGAGCCUGGGAGCAAGCAAGGAGUACAACGUCGACAUGGUACCUAAGUUCAUUAUUGCCAACGGGAAUUUGGUUCGAGUUUUGAUCCAUACUGGUGUUACCAAGUACCUAAACUUCAAAGCUGUGGAUGGCAGUUACGUGUAUAACAAGAAUAAGAUCCACAAAGUUCCUGCAAAUGAUGUGGAGGCACUGAAAUCGCCACUGAUGGGGCUUUUCGAGAAGCGUCGAGCUCGAAAGUUCUUCAUCUAUGUCCAAGAUUACGAGGAUAGUGAUCCUAAAUCCCACGAGGGCUUGGAUUUGACCAAAGUCACCGCCAGAGAGAUUAUUUCCAAAUAUGGGUUGGAAGAUGACACAAUCGACUUCAUUGGGCACGCAUUGGCUCUAUACCAUGAUGACAGCUAUUUGGAUCAACCCGCUCUUGAUUUUGUCAAGAGAAUAAAGCUUUAUGCGGAAUCUUUGGCACGUUUUCAAGGAGGGUCGCCCUACAUCUAUCCACUCUAUGGACUAGGCGAGCUGCCUCAGGCAUUUGCACGCUUAAGUGCAGUGUAUGGUGGGACGUAUAUGCUUAACAAGCCAGACUGCAAGGUGGAAUUUGACGAAAGCGGGAAAGCAAUUGGUGUGACUUCCGAGGGAGAGACCGCCAAAUGCAAGAAAGUUGUGUGCGACCCUUCUUAUCUCUCUGACAAGGUCAAAAAGGUGGGCAGAGUUGCUCGUGCUAUAUGCAUAAUGAGUCACCCAAUCCCAAAUACGCACGACUCUCAUUCCGUCCAGCUUAUUCUACCGCAGAAGCAACUUGGUCGUAAAUCAGAUAUGUACCUGUUUUGUUGCUCUUAUGCGCACAAUGUGGCGGCCAAAGGGAAGUACAUUGCCUCCGUCUCGACCGAGGCAGAGACUGAUAAUCCUGAGGCGGAAUUAAAGCCGGGCGUCGACUUACUUGGCCCCUUGGAUGAGAUCUUCUACGACAGCUACGAUAGAUAUGUUCCUACGAACACUGCAGAUCAUGAAGAGGAUAACUGCUUCAUAUCCACUAGUUACGAUGCAACGUCUCACUUUGAGACGACAGUAGACGAUGUUAUUGAGAUGUACAAUAAGAUCACUGGAAAGGAUCUUGAUCUGUCCGUAGACUUGAGUGACGCAAGUGCUGCCGCUGACGACUGAAAAAUUACCACAUUAUUUCACUUAUUUUCCUAAGAUCUAUUUAAUUUCUUCUCUAUCUUUUUUCUUUUUUAAGUUUUUAACUUGUACUGGGACGAGAAAGGAUUCUCUGGUUUUGACUAAGACAAAGAGACUAUUUUCUUAUUUAAUCUAUUUCAUUGCUAAUCUAGUUUUUCUAAUCAACAUUGUAUACGUAC